AUGCCCGACAGGAUAUCCAUUACUAUUUGUGGUGACGGAGGAUGCGGUAAAUCGUCCAUUACGCUUCGACUCGUGCGGUCGCAAUGGACAUCAGAGUACGAUCCCACCAUUGAAGACUCGUACUCGGUCACUCGCACAAUCGAUGGACUCAACUAUCAUCUUUCCUUGACCGACACAGCGGGCCAGGAAGAAUAUCGAAGUCUAUGGGCCGCGUCCAACCUCCAGUCCGACGCAUUUCUUCUGGUCUACGACAUCACCAAUGCAGCGUCUCUGGAAGGGCUCACCUGGUUUCUCGACAUGAUUGACAUCGAAGCCGAGAACAGACUCGAACAGAAUUCCCGGCUGCUCCAACAGAAAGGCCCCAAGGUUCGUGGCCUGAGAGAAGAGGGCUGGAGGUUCCCGCCCAUCAAAAUCAUCGCCGGCAACAAAUGUGACCUCAAAGAUGCCAGGGUUGUUAGCAGCAAAUAUGGCUGGGACUGGGCCAAGAGCAGAGGCUGUGGUUUCAUGGAGACUUCGGCCAGAGAGAUGGUCAACAUCGAAGAAACAUUUGCUCUGAUUGUUCGCAGAGUCGUCGAGGCGAGAACCCCGCCAGCGCCUGUUGCCGAAACUCAUGCUUUUCAUGGUCCCAAGGGUCACGCUCCCAACGCCAGUGGUACUGCCACUUCGGUCUACCAGGUGCCUUCCGCCAUGCAACCAGCAACAAUGUCCAACUCUCUGCAAAUGCAUGAAAAGUCCGGCUUCGACGAUGACCAUCCUCAUCUGACUUGGUGGAAGAAGCUUCUCUGCUGUCACGGCUGA